AGGGAGGCGGUAGCGCCCGGCUCACCCUGCCCGCUCCCCUAAGAGGAGGCGCCAGCGGGUCUGGGGCUGUCUGCAGCAUGCCGACGAGUUUCACGGUGGUGCCGGUGGAGGCGCAGGGCGAGGAGCGGCAGCGGGAUGGGCAGCUGCGAGAGGAGGAAGAUGAAGGCGACGAGAGGGACCGGGGUCCUGGGGAUGGGAUUGCCUGGGAAAGUAGUCCAUUUAUUAACUGUGCAGAAUUGGGCAGAGGAAACAUGUAUGAAGGAAAGAAUAUGGCUCUCUUUGAGGAAGAAAUGGAUAGUAACCCCAUGGUGUCAUCUCUUCUGAAUAAACUAGCAAACUACACUAAUCUGACUCAAGGAGUGGUGGAACAUGAAGCAGAUGAAGACAGCAAACGAAAGGAAGUCAAGGGUCCACGAAUGGGCACUUUUAUUGGUGUAUAUCUUCCCUGUUUGCAAAACAUCUUGGGAGUUAUCCUUUUCCUGCGUUUAACAUGGAUUGUAGGAACAGCUGGAGUUCUUGAGUCUUUCAUUAUUGUGUUCAUGUGUUGUGCUUGUACUAUGCUAACUGCAAUUUCAAUGAGUGCUAUAGCAACAAAUGGUGUAGUUCCAGCUGGAGGCUCUUACUACAUGAUUUCAAGAUCUUUAGGGCCAGAGUUUGGUGGAGCAGUGGGACUUUGUUUCUACUUGGGCACAACCUUUGCAGGAGCAAUGUACAUUCUUGGUACCAUUGAAAUUUUAUUGACUUAUAUUUCUCCAAGUGCUGCUAUAUUUAAAGUGGCAGAUGUUGGUGAUGAAACAGAGGCUAUGCUGAACAACAUGAGAGUCUAUGGAACAUGUAUUGUCAUUCUGAUGGCCAUAGUAGUUUUUGUGGGAGUAAAGUAUGUCAACAAACUUGCACUGGUCUUCCUUGCUUGUGUUAUUCUUUCCAUCAUUGCCAUAUAUGCUGGAGUUAUUAAGACUGCUUUUGACCCACCUGAGUUUCCUAUCUGUCUCCUUGGAAACCGUACAUUGUCAAAACGCAACUUUGAUGUCUGUGCCAAAUUUACUGAAAGCAAUAAUGAAACAAAGACUACACCUUUGUGGCGCCUGUUCUGUGAUAGUUCUUUGCUUAAUGCUACAUGUGAUGAUUACUUCAGUCUCAAUAAUGUAACAGAAAUCCAAGGAAUUCCAGGAAUAAUGAGUGGAGUUCUAACUGAUAAUCUCUGGAGUGCCUAUUCAGAAAAAGGAUCAGUAGUUGAGAAAAAAGAUCAGCCAUCAGUUGCUGGAUCAGAAGAGUCAAAAAUGGCUGGACUUCCUUAUGUUUUUACAGACAUCAUGACCUACUUCACAAUGCUUGUAGGGAUUUAUUUUCCAUCUGUGACAGGUAUUAUGGCAGGUUCAAAUAGAUCUGGAGAUCUAAAGGAUGCUCAAAAAUCUAUUCCUACUGGUACAAUUUUGGCUAUUUCAACUACAUCUUUUAUUUAUCUCUCCUGUAUAGUAUUGUUUGGUGCCUGUAUAGAAGGUGUAAUAUUAAGAGAUAAGUUUGGAGAAGCAGUUAAUGGAAAUCUGGUGGUUGGUACACUGGCCUGGCCUUCUCCGUGGGUUAUUGUGAUUGGUUCAUUCUUUUCAACAUGUGGUGCUGGUCUCCAGAGUCUCACUGGUGCACCCCGACUAUUGCAGGCCAUUGCAAGAGAUGGAAUUGUACCGUUUAUUCAAAUAUUUGGUCAUGGAAAAGCAAAUGGAGAACCAACUUGGGCUCUGCUCCUCACUGUUGGUAUUUGUGAAAUAGGAAUUUUGAUAGCCUCAUUGGACAGUGUAGCACCGAUUCUUUCUAUGUUUUUCCUUAUGUGUUAUAUGUUUGUAAAUCUGGCUUGUGCAGUUCAGACACUUUUGCGAACUCCCAACUGGAGACCUCGUUUCAAGUAUUACCACUGGACUCUUUCAUUCCUGGGGAUGAGUUUAUGUCUUGCCUUGAUGUUCAUUUGCUCUUGGUACUAUGCUUUGAUUGCCAUGCUAAUCGCAGGAUGUAUAUACAAAUACAUAGAAUAUAGAGGAGCGGAAAAAGAAUGGGGCGAUGGAAUCCGAGGCCUGUCUCUGAAUGCAGCUCGCUAUGCUUUGCUUCGUGUUGAAGACGGUCCUCCUCACACCAAGAACUGGAGACCUCAACUUUUGGUCUUGUUAAACUUGGAUAAUGAGCAGUUAGUCAAACACCCUAGAUUGCUUUCUUUUACCUCUCAGUUGAAGGCUGGUAAAGGACUGACUAUUGUGGGUUCUGUGCUUCAGGGAAUCUACUUAGAUAAAUGUACAGAAACUCAGAAAGCUGAAGAGAAUGUUAAGGCCUUAAUGGGUGUAGAAAAGACUAAAGGAUUUUGCCAGAUUGUGGUAUCUCCUAACUUCAGAGAUGGAAUAUCCUAUUUGAUUCAGUCAGCUGGUCUAGGAGGGAUGAAGCACAACACAGUCCUGAUGGCAUGGCCACAGUCAUGGAAGCAGACAGACAAUCGUUUCUCAUGGAAAAAUUUUGUUGAUACUGUACGAGAAACAACUGCAGCUCAACAAGCACUUUUGGUAGCUAAAAACAUUGACUUAUUUCCAACAAAUCAAGAACGUUUUACUGAAGGAAAUAUCGAUGUGUGGUGGAUUGUUCAUGAUGGUGGUAUGCUGAUGUUGCUGCCUUUUCUCCUUCGACAGCACAAGGUUUGGAGAAAAUGUAAAAUGCGUAUCUUCACCGUUGCUCAAAUGGAUGAUAAUAGCAUUCAAAUGAAGAAGGAUCUUCAGAUGUUCUUAUACCACCUUAGACUAAAUGCUCAAGUGGAAGUUGUUGAAAUGUUUGAAAAUGAUAUUUCUGCGUUCACAUAUGAGAAGACGCUUAUGAUGGAACAGCGAUCUCAGAUGCUAAAACAGAUGCAGCUAUCAAAGAAUGAAAGAGAAAGGGAGAUUCAGAGCAUCACAGAUGAGUCUCGAGGCUCAAUUAGAAGAAAAAGCUACUCCAGUCCAUUGUCCAUUGUCCAAGAUACUCAGGCACUGCUGACUAAUGAUUAUCAAGAGGAAGAGGCUCAGCUGAUCCAUGAUAAAAACACUGCCUCACGCUCUGCUCCAGCAGUUGAAGCAAGUGUGGCUGCUGCUGUGCCAGAGAAAGUGCAGAUGACCUGGACUAAAGAAAAGUUUGUAGCAGAAAAGCAUAAAAACAAGGAUUCAAAUGUGUCUGGCUUUAAAGAUAUUUUCAACAUGAAGCCGAAUCAGUCAAAUGUGAGAAGAAUGCACACUGCUGUGAAGCUCAAUGGAGUAGUGCUUAAUAAAUCACAGCAUGCUCAGCUAGUUCUCCUGAAUAUGCCUGGACCUCCUAAAAACAGAAAAGGGGAUGAAAACUACAUGGAAUUUCUGGAAGUUCUGACAGAAGGUCUAGAUAGAGUUCUCCUAGUCCGAGGCAGUGGACGUGAAGUGAUCACCAUUUAUUCUUAAUCUGUUUGCAUGUGUUUUUCAAACACAACACAUCCCCACCAUAAGAAAAUGAAGUUUUUUGGCCAUAAUUUGAGCAGCUUCUUUGUCUUCUAGUGCAUUGAAAAUUAGCUGCAAGCUGAAUCUUCUGAUGAUGUGGGGUUUUUUUCCUAGCAAGAUGUUCAAUUUAAAUAAUAUUUUAAGCAGAUUUAUGUAGAAAAUUAAUAAAUGGUGAAUUAAUAAAUGGUGGAUAGCUUAGGAUAUUUAUAUGUAGCAUAUUCUAACACUUUUUAAGCUGUGCUAAAACAAAAAAAAAUGGUAAUGCAAUCAUAUUUUUAAAGAUACAGAAAUGUCAGCAACUUUUGAUUAUUUUAAUGUUUGUUCUGCAUCUAAAUAAAAGGGAAAGGUUUUAGAAAAGGUUGUCUUUUUUUCUUACCAAAAUGCUGCUAUAUUGCUUCUUUGGGAAUUAGUUGUGGUUCAGGAGCCUUCCUUCAGAGAUGUAUACAGCCAGUCAAAUUUGUUUAUGUUGUGCAUUAAGUGUUUCCCAGAAGUUCGUUAUUUGCAAUACCUGUUAAAAAUAAUAUUUCUGUAUUUAAAGUACUGAGGUAGAUGAAACCUCCAGAUGAUAGUAAACAGAUAAGCCGUGUGAGUUUUUUUUCUAUGAGGUACUGGCAGUUACCGUUAUUUUGAAUGAUUAUAACAAUAAUGAAACAUGAGAGCGUCCAUCUUAUAUGAAGGCUAUGGUACAGGAACUCCACCUGGUUCCAAAUAUAAUUCAACAGUUGAUAAACCACAACAAGGUGGUUAAUGAAAUGCAGUCUCUUGUUUUCAAAUCUGUAUAUUUUGAAAAUAUAUGUAUGUGCUGCUGUUUGAAAUAAAAUCUGCUUUUCUGAACUGAA